UUGCAAAGAACGCUUUUUUUUUUUGUAAAUUUUACAAUUGCUGACAAGAUUAAAGAAAAGAAGAUAAGCUGUUAGAAAUAGCAUAGCCGUGGCCAUGUCUGAACAUAAUGAAGCAUCAGUUGAAACCAACUGUUUCCGCGGUGGUUUCACCCUGAAAGCCUCACGUUUGGGCGCAACAGUGCUGCGUUCGGCAGUUCUUGCCCCAUCUGUGCUUGGCUCGAGCAGUAACACAUCCACAUCAUUAGCCGGCUCUGAAACUGCCAAAGCUGCGGAUGGGGCGGGGGAAAGAGAUAACAUGUCAAACAAUCCAUUUUUGCGUGAAUCAAAAGACGAUGAGGAGGAAGACGAUACUGUGCAGGUGGUGGCUGCGGCCGAGUCGUCAACCGAAAAAAAAGACGAUGAAACAGAUGAGCGGCCGGAUCCGCUUACUAAACUUCGUAGCAAUGGCAUUGAACGUUCCAGCAUGUUUGCUGCAGCUAAGACCAACAUGCCACAUGUCCAGAGCAGUGGAUAUGUAUUUGGCCAAAAUGUACAUGAGCGUGUUGUGGCACCUCCAGAACUGGCUUCAACUGAUCCACAUAGUGCUGAGUCGGCCCCAGUAGCGGCUACCUCAACCUCUGCCACAUCCUCUUCAUCAACGACUUUGUCUGCGCCACAGCUCUUAUUUUCCAGCGUUAUUCAGAAAGCUGACGAAGAAGGAGCUUGCUCAAGCUCAAGUGCUGCCGCCAAUAAUAACAGUAAAGAGGUGCCAGAAGGCAAGAGCCUAACAGAAGUGGCGCGGGAGUACGAAGAGAGUCGCGCUCAGAAACGCAAGUACGAGGAGGUGGAAACCUUCACCGGUGAGGAGAAUGAACUCAACAUUGUCGACGUCAGUUGCAAGCUGUUUGCGUUUGUCAACAGCAAUUGGGAGGAACGUGGAAGAGGCAGUCUACGCCUCAACGAUGGCAAAGAUGGACGCGAUAGCUCACGAGUGGUGUUUCGGACAUCGGGAAACUUGAGACUGCUGCUAAACACAAAAGUCUGGGCAGCAAUGGUUGCCGAACGGGCAAGUCAGAAAUCUUUACGACUCACGGCCAUCGAUAAUAGUGGAUCGAUUAAAAUAUUUUUGGCCAUGGGUCGUCCUGCUGAUAUAGCGCAACUCCAUAAGGCACUCAGUGAACGAAUUGCUAAACGCAAGAUCACACAUCCCGAGGAAAUUUCAAUGGAGGAGACGAAAAAUGGCGUAGCCACUGAAGUUGCGGUUAGUUUGCAACCCGAAUCCACCACCCAUGAUGAUGAGGACGAUACUGAUGAUGGCGCUACAACGACCACCACAGUUAUUGCUGAACCGGACAGUAAUGAGCCCAGCCCAAAAAAGAAAUCAGCGGUUGUGCAGCCAGACAGCAGUGCUGAUCUUCCAGAGGCGGCAGUGCAGCUCCAAGAUAAUGAGGAUGGGGAAGCCGAGGCCGAGGCAGAAGCCAAGAUGCAGAAUUAACAAUCCCAAUUUGUUUGCUAACAUUUUUUUUUUUCAAUUUUCCUGUCUUGAUAAUGAAUUUUCAUGAAUAAAAUAUGCCGUGAAUUAAUACAAAUUAA